AUGGCCGAUAGCAGCCCCGGCCAGGGACCUAGUCGUGGUCCCUCGCGGCCUCGAGCACAAUCCGAAGCAACACGCCCUAGACCCAAUGAUGAGCAACAAGGAAACCUCCUCAGUCCAACCUGGAGCUUAGGCGCAGACCGGCGCACAUCCUCCGCCCAAACCCCAGGACAAGGACAAGGACUCGGCCUCAGCACCGAAAGCUCAGGACUCCGGUCUCGCCGCAGCCGAAGCAACCGAGUCCCAAGCAUCGCGUCACGCACAACACUAGCACGACGCACGCAAGGAAACUUCACACUCGCAGGGCCAGACGAGACUUCGGCACUACGCCAGGCCCACGAGCCAUUCGUGCACCCUAGCUACGCGGACCUGAACCCAGAGUACGAGCAGCCGAACAACGCGAAGCCCGUAUGGAGUUUAGCAAAGCCGCUGCCGCGCGUGGUGCGGCCGGGGAUGGUCCCUACGAAGGACGAGGUGUUGCAGAAUCGCAUGGGCGAGAAGCCGUCUGUGCCGGCGGCGGAGAACUCGCAGAGACUGGGGAUGGAGGAUGUGGAUCCGAAUGAGCUGGAGGCGGGGAGGAUUGGGAAGAGUGCUGAUCCGAGGAAGAUGAUGGCUGGGGUGGAUGAUGCGAGGGCGCAGAGGGAGAAUAAUUUUGUGAAUAAGUUGUUGACUGGGGAGACGGGGACGGGGACGGGGACGGGGACGACGGCGGCGGGUGGGUCGAGGAUGUCGAGGACUUCGUCGAUGAGGAGACAGUCUUCUGCUGCUGCUGCUCCCGGGGAUCAGUUGUCUGCUGUCCCUGAAGGUGAGAGCCAGAGUGUGUCGCCGGAGGGGAGGCAGGAUCUGAGUGAUGAGCAUUUGCAUCCCGUGCCAGAAGAGCAUGAACAUGAACAUGAACAUGAUCCUGGACAGGAGUACAAUAAUGACAACGACAUAAACGACCACCUCAAUCACUUCAACGAAUCCGCCUACCCCGAAGACCUACACCCGCUGGUCCAAGACCUAGUCGAAGACGAAGUCCACAACAACCACACCGUCUGGUCCGUGAUCCGGACUCACCACCGCGAAGCCCUCGCCGAGUCUCUGGGCGUCUUCGUACAGCUCUCCAUCGGCCUCUCUGCAGACCUCAGCGUCGCCCUACCCGCAACCACAAACCCCAACACCGCCGCCUGGGCCUGGGGGCUCGGCACCAUGAUGGCCAUCUACAUCUCCGGUGGUGUCUCCGGUGCACACCUCAACCCAUCCAUCUCCAGCAUGCUGUGGUUCUACCGCGGGUUCCCGAAGCGCAAACUGCCCGAGUACUUUGCUGCUCAAUUCAUCGGGGCCUUUGUCGCCGCUCUCGCCGUCUACGGUCUGUAUUACCAGUCUAUAAACGAAUACCUAUCAACAUCUUCCUCCUCCACAUCGGCAACCGCAACCGCAAACGUCAUGAAUAGCUUCGUCACAAACCAGCGAAACCCCUGGAUCACAACCGCAACCGCCUUCUUCAACGAAUUCUUCGGCACAGUCCUGCUAUCAAUAACAGUUCUCGCCCUAGGCGACGACCAGAACGCCCCGCCGGGCGCGGGGAUGAGCGCGCUCGUCGUGGGCCUCACGGUCUACACACUCUGCAUCACAUUCAGCUACCAGACGGGGGCGGCAUUCAACCCGAGCCGCGACUUUGGGCCGCGCCUGGCGCUGCUGGCGAUGGGGUACGGGGGUGAUUUGUUCCUUAACCCGUAUUGGUUUUAUGGGCCGUGGGCGGGGUCGCUCUGUGGGGCGUUUAUUGGAGGGUUUUUGUAUGAUUUUAUGAUCUUUACUGGUGGGGAGAGUCCGGUCAAUUAUCCGUUGGAGAGGACGAAGAGGGCGAUGCGGAGGAAGAAGAUGAAGUGGAAGCGGAGGUUGAGGUUGGAGAAGAAGGUUGAUAAGAUUGCUGUUUAA